CCCCAUCAUUCUGCGACAACCUCCGAUGGGGAGGCCAUUGCACAUAGUCGAUUCUCGGGGCAGUUAUGCAAAUUAGCCGUUUAUUUUGGGACCAACGAGCCAUGGAGUAUAUAAUUACCAGGGCUUUCUGCGUUCGCCGCAGUUGCAGACAAGGCAUUUGUUUCUCGUUUUUGUCCACUCCGUUCUCUCAUUUGAAAUACUUUCCAUUCUUUUUUUGCUAAGGCUGCUGGUUCAGUCAAUUUGGUCUGCAUCACAAGUCUGCCGAUCGUUCCGUUCUUUCUCUUCCUUUCUUUUUACCCCCUAGUCUCUUGACGACCGUGUGCCACUAUGGCGUUCUUGCUGGCUCUUGUCGCUGGAACUUCCUUGUUCGGUGCCUCAGUGCAGGCUGCUCAAGGAGUCAGUGGUGCGCCUUUCGGCUUUGCCAACCAAGCAACCGGCGGUGGCGAUGCUGUGCCCGCGGCACCGAGCGAUAUCGCUGAGUUGAAGGAGUGGCUGUCCGAUAGCACUCCGCGUGUGAUCCUUAUCGACAAGGAGUUCGAUUUUAUUGGCAGCGAAGAUACCUGCACAGACUGCGAAUGCUGCAUUCCCGAGUCCAACACUUGCGGCGAUAAAGGUCAGAAUGCCAUCAAGACCGAGGGAUCCGACUGGUGCGGUAGCUAUCCGAGCAUCAAGUGCACGUAUGAUAACGCCGGCCUCGCGGGCAUGGAGGUUGCCUCGGACAAGUCUAUUGUGGGUGUGGGCAGCGAGGGUGUGCUUAAGGGCAAGGGUCUGCGUCUGGUCAAUGGUGCCGAAAACGUCAUCAUCCAGAACAUCCACAUCACGAACCUGAACCCUCAGUAUAUCUGGGGCGGCGAUGCCAUCUCGUUGGAUGGCACUGACAACAUCUGGAUCGAUCACGUCAAGGUGUCCCUGGUUGGUCGCCAGAUGUUCGUGUCUGGUUUCAAGUCCAGCGGCAGCGUGACUAUCUCUAACAGCGAAUUCGACGGCCAAACCGAGUGGUCAUCUUCGUGCGAUGGCAACCAUUACUGGACAGUGCUUGGUCUUGGAAAAGGAGACAAGGUCACCUUUGCCAACAACUUCAUCCACCACACCUCCGGCCGUUCCCCCAAGCUCGAGUACGACAGCCACUGGCACGCUUACAACAACUACUGGUCCAGCAACACUGGCCACGCUUUCGACGUCGGCGAGGGUGCCAAUGUUCUCAUUGAGGGCAACGUCUUCGAACAGGUCGACACUCCCUUCCAGGAUGAGAGCAAGCCGGGCGCCAGCUUUGCUGUCGGUUCGAGCGAACAGUCAUCUGCCUGCGAGUCUGCUCUAGGCCGGGCUUGUGUUGCCAACGUCCUCACUCAGUCAGGUGAAUUGUCUGCCAGUGAUGACUCUGUUCUCUCCAACUGGCCAUCCGGCGAGGGUGAGAUCACUGUUGCCGAUGUCAGCGAGGUGAAGUCGCUGGUCAAAGCCAAUGCUGGCGUUGGAAAGCUGGCAUCGUCGGCCAACCUUGCCAAGCGCGUUCUCCCCCCGGGCGGUCCGAACUUUCUUCCUCCCUCGGAGGGUGGCCUAGGAGCUGACGGAUUCCCCGUUCCGCCAACCUCAACUUGGACGACCGUCACCAGAACCCCCACUCCCACGCCUACUAGAACUCCUACUCCCACCCGCACCCCGACCCCCACCAGCACGCCCACCCCCUCUGGCAAGCCCACCUCAGGAGCGUUGCCCGGUUUCAGCUGGGUUGGUUGGUAAAGGGAGUUGGAAUAUAGUAGAUCAGUUCUCUCUUUCCCACUGGGAAUCAUAUCCGAUGUAUGAAUAAUCAACCUUCCAGCGGCAAAUUCCUUGAGUGUUGAUACUUCCAUU